GGCGUCCGGCGGGAGCGCGGUUUUGGCGGGACGGGGAAAAUGGCGGCGGGGCGGCGGGGGCCGGGGUAGGGGCUGGGGCAGGGGCAGGCGCAGAGGCAGAGGCAGAUGGCGGCGGAAGCUCCGCGCCUGGCGGCGGCGGCCGAUGUUCUAGCCGGUGCCAUGGGCAGCGACUGGGAGCGAACCCACCUCUGGCUCUGCCUGCUGGCGCUCGGCUUCGACCCGGAUGCUGCCGCGGAGUUCUUCGACAGGGAGCUCGAUCUGGGCGUGUCCAUGUUUGAUACACCAAACGUAGGUGCUUUCCACGUUGUUGCCCACUUCUUGUUCACCAAGUUGGACGAGAUGCGUGCAGAAGAAGUUUUCAGGGACUGUUUGUUACCAGAACAAAUAACCAGAGAUAGUGAAUUUAGGAAGCAAUGUUGUUCAUGGCUAAAAGAUAUCACAAAUGAAAGCAAAAGCUGUCUUCCUCAAAUUGCGACUUCUUCAUUUCUUUCUCCUGCUGGUCAUAAAUUUAUUCACCUAAUGUAUCGGUUUGCAAGAUAUGUAAUGAUUGAGAACCUGAGAAAGAACUCUGUGGGCAGCGAUACAUCUUUUGCUGAAGCUGUAAACUUAACGCCUGAGGGUAUGUACAAGGCAGAAGUAAGAUGUAGUGUGGCAUGUAAUAAAAUCCUGCAAAUUUUGCAAAAGGAGGAUAUUAUUAUUCGAGAAUAUAACAAAAAAUCACAGUUUUUAAUUAAAGAAAUAAAACAGAUAAAAUCUGAAUAUGCAUACCACCAGCAACAGUUGUUUAAGAUGAAACUCAAUGACCAAAACAAAAAUGACAAAACAGAGAGAAUUCAAAAGGUCCGCAAUAUGUGGACAUUUGUAAUGGACACUCUUACAUCUCUGAAAAAGGAAACUGAAAUCGUAGACUCUGUAAUUGAAGGGCAUGUUGAUCAGUACACUUUAGCUGGAACUAAUGUCAAUGUUCCACAGCUGUUGGCUGACAAAAUUGAAAGUGAAAUGCACGAAGUGUGUACAGGAAAUUUAUAUGAAGGUGAAAAACUGAAUUUUUUAACAGUCAUUCAGUUAUUAAAUGAAGCCCUGAGGAUCUUAAGAGAUGAAUGUUGUCAAUUUAAAUCAAAACAUUUCCAAGACAUCAAGAAUACGAGUGAAUUCCAAAAUAAAAUACUAUCGAAUUUGAAAGCAGUGAGGCAAAAAAUAGAAGAGCAGCAUUGUAUGUCAUUGAGAGAAUCGAUUUCUGGAAAACAGAAGGAGUUGGAAAUGAAAUGGAAAAGCUUUCUUGACUGGUGUGCUUUUUGUUUAAAGAGAGGUCAGGAUCCAGAUCUUGAUUUAUUACAGGCUAUGUCACUCUCUUCCUUUCAUACUGCAGAAGAAGCUUAUGAGGAUACAGUCUCAUGUCAACUUGCAACAUCAAUUCCAGAUAUUUGUGACUCCAUUUGUGAUAUAAAUUACGAGAAAGAUGAUGAGACAUCGGGAAGUAUGAUGGAUAAUUCAACACUACAACCAACAAGAUGGAUCUCUUCAGAAUCUUUGGACUUGUCAGAAGCAUCUGAAAGCAGUGACACGUUAAUUGAAAAGGACUUCCGUAUUGAAACUUACAAUGGGAGAACAAAAUCUGUCCCUCCAAAGAUCUCAGAGGAGGCAGAGGAGCACCUCACCAUUUCAGAAUCAUUGGAGAAUACAGUUAUCCAGACAGGGUCUGCUGUCCAAAAGGAAGACCCUCUUAAGAAAGCCAGAGAGGAACUGGCAGAAGAGGUUGCAAAAACCGUGACAUCUGAGUCACCUCAGAGUAGUGGAGGAGAAGGAAUAACAUUAGAAGAUCUCAUUAGCUCACUGACUUUUAACCCAUUUUUGACAAGGCAACAAAUUCCGCGAACUCCUGAAAAUCUGCUUACUGAAAUCAGAAGCUCAUGGAGAAAAGCUAUUCAGACUGACAACUCAUCAGACAUAGAGCUGGCCCCAGCUGAAGUCAUGACAGAAGAAGCUCCAAUGGAUGCUAGUCCUUCAGUGCGGAAUAAAGCAGAUCAUACUUUAGUCUGGUCUACCUCUUCAUCUCCUGUACCUGACUUUGAUUCUCCCUUGUUAGAAACAAAGUCCCAACUAAGUUGUACAGAAUUUACAGCUCAGAACCAGAUGAGGAUAAAUAAUGUCAGUGGAUGUCCAGUUUGGGAAACAUCUAGAGUGCAAGAGAAUGAGAGUGAUAAAGAACAGGAAUUGGAGCACACUGUUUUGAGCAGAAGUUUUGUAGAAAAGACAGAAGAAUCUACUUGUCUAGAUGUAGAGAACAGUGUAAAUACUCCAGAUAUUUUUUCAGAAGGCAGUAGCAAAAUAAAUACUGUACCCUCAAACCAACUUUGGGAUUCUCUAGUGGGUAGAAUUCUGCAGUGGGAUGCACCUUCAGUGUUAAGUUCUGACAACUGUGAAGUAGCCGAGGCAGGAAUACUGCAUGAGACUCUUCCAAAAGAAUUUGAUAGCAUAGAUCCUAAUAAAUCUACAAGCUCGGAGUCUGAUUUUGAUGUAUUGAACAGCAAGGAUGUACCAGGUAGUACAAAAAUUAAAGGCUGUGUUCAAAAAUCAAAUCUAGAUGUACAGUCUCUGUUCAGCAGAUACGAAAUGCUGGAAAAGAAUGCGUCUGGAAAUAGAGAGAAACUGCAUCAGACACAUACUGGAGAUGAAUCUAUAAGUUAUAUAUCAGACCUAAAUCUUAGAGCAGAAAAAGAAAGAGAUGAUUUGAGCAGCGCUCUGGAUCUGUUCAGGUUGGAUGAAGAAUUUACCAAGACACCAUCGCCAUUAUCUUUUCCCAAAGGAAAUCAUUCCCUGUCACCUUUGCUGGUGUUCUCUCAAGAUCUGGAGGAAAUGGCAUCAAGGAUACACAAAAUCCCAUUAGAUUUAAUACAUAAACUGAAGGAUGAAGAGCAGUUGAAUGAGAAGCUGGGACACAAAGGAACCAUCAUCAGGAUAGAAUUUGUAGAGCAUAAGCAUAACCAUAGUAUUAUAAUUAUGGUGCACUUACGAGUGUAGUAUCUUCUCCAAACACUACCCAGAUGAGAAAGAAGCUGUGUUCCUUUUAUUUCUUGCUGAGCCUGUGUUCCAGACUGCUUGUUCAAGCGUCAGUUGCCUUCCCUCGUUCCUCCAAUUCUAUGUAAUCCACUUCAGUAUUCUGCAAACAGCCCAUCAGCUAUGUACAAAAUGAUGUAUUUUGUAAACACAGCUUAAAAAAUAGCAGAUGAUGUGGGCAUGACAUAAUUUUAGAAAAUGGAAAAACAAAGACUCAAAUGAGAAGUAAUGAACUUCUUAUCAGAAUCUGUCUUGCCUUUUCCAAAAGAUGUGUGUAUUUUGUGCUCUCUCUUCGUAUGAUUCUCCACUCCUUUUGAGACUUCUAGUCAAGUAUUACCAUCAGUUUUCCCGGUUGAUAGAGACCCCACUUUAUUUAAAAAAAAACUGACACCGAAGUGCAUAUUCUUUUAGACAGCUUACUGAAUAAAAUUUUUUAAAUGAAGUUUUAAAGUUUUAUGGUUUGUGAUAGUGUUAAUGCUACUUUAUUUCUGAAUAGUAGAUAUUCUCUAAUAAAUUUUUAUAACUAUGUAUAUUAUUAUGUAUACAUACAUGUUUAUGACAUUGUGAUGUAGCUAACUGACAAUAUAUAAAAUAGGGCAAAAAAUUGUAAAAGUUCAAAUUCCGUCAGAUAAACUAUGUACUGCAGGAGUACGUUAUGUGUUUACAGUAUUUUGAAGCAUUUCAAAGCAAUUUUGUUUUUCAGUUCUGGUGUAUCUUUAUCUUUUCUUCCAAAACAGUUGGAGAAAGGUUUUAAGAAGAAUCUCAACCUAUAUACGACAUUUUCCUUUUAAAGCAGUAUUUGACAGGUUUAAUGAAAAGAGAUUUAUGUGGCCAGUUGUGGAAGUUAUAAGGUGGCUGCUGACUGCUAACUCAUUAAUGAAACUUUGUUCUUGUACCAAAGCACUAGCAGCAGAACAGCUAAGAGGGGAAUGCUUCGUAAUACUCCAUUUGCGCGUUGAUCUUGUCAUGGUCAAACAGAGACAGAAUUGGAAGCUCAGACAAUAUCUGUGGACUGUCUCGAAUAAACAGAGCUGUGUUGCUUGCAGAACUGUUUGCUCUACAGCCUGGCGCUGGUGACUUCACAAAGGCUUCCCAGGUGACUGUCCCAGGGAGCGGUGCCCUGAUCAGGAGGGCCUUGAAAGCAGGACCCACAGAGCUCUGGUCAGGACACCACCAGGCCAGGAAAGGAGCUGAUGAGCUGGGAUGUGCUCCGCCAGUACAGUCUGUACCAUCGUUGUGUGCUCUAAUGAUGCUUCUGGAGGUUCCCAGAUUCUUUUCUGAUACCACUGUCUCCAGGGACUGCUGCUGCUAAGGAGAUUUUUCCACUAUAGAGCAUUACCUGAUCUGUAACCGUUUUUCUUAGCAAACAUGCCUCCCACGUCUCCUGUGCCUUUCCACAAGGUUGCAUCCUUGAAGAAAUGUGUUUGUCAGCUGUGCUCCUGCGGGUAUGUAAAAGAGGAUGGGGGAAGGAGUUUGGAGUAGUAGUUCCUUGGAUAGCAAGCUGCAUUGCUCCUUACGGCUGCAGAUGUUUUUGACUGCUAUAAGUUGCAUAUGGAAAAUUAGAAAUAAAGGUAUUUUAGAGCA